AUGUCAACAUAUUCUGGUUCUCCAGCUCGUCAAACGACACAUUCAGUAUUGUAUAAAAUGCCAUCACCAACAGUACGUAGUGAUGAAACAUGGAAAGAUCGUUAUCGACUUCAUUGUAAACAACAAUUCAAACGAGCACGUGAUAAAAUUGUUAAUAAAAUGCGACAACUUUCUUUUGAUGAUAAUCAACCAACAUUAUCAGCUCGUGAUAUUGUUGAAUCAGAAUGGAUUAAAAUGUUUGGUUCAUUACCACCAACACCUGUUACAUCAAUGGAUAUGGAUGGAAAUAAUUUAUUAAUGUCACCUGAAGAUACUGAAUUUGAAGCUAAUUGGUCAAUUAUGGAUGAAAUUCGUCGUGAACUUGAAUUAGAACAAUUACAAUCGAUACCUGAUGAACAACCUGAAUAUAUACCAUCAAUUGAUGAAUUUAAUCAAACUCAAUGUCCAAUUUGUUCAAAUGAUUCACUUUUUCAAUUUUCAUCUAAUUAUCCUAUAAGAUGUCGACAAUGUACAUUUCAAUAUCAAAUUAAAAAUGGAUCAUUAAAUGAAAUUCAUGCUUAUCAUCGACAAACAAUGUCUCAUUGUCAAGAAACAAAACUUCAUUCAACAUUAUGGCAAAAUGAAGAUGGUACACAACCAUCAUUACUUCUUGUCUGUACAAAAUGUGACUUUAAUUUUUGUCUUUAG